AUGGAAUCACCACCGCCAACAAAGAUAAAAACAAUUCAUGCUAAAGAAGUAGCUGUACAGGCUCGUCGAAAAAGAUUAACUGAAAUAUGUACCUUACCAGUUCGAAUCUUCAGUGAAAUAGUAUGUGUAGUAUUACUAUUCACAAUAUUAGCUGGCUUUCUUCUUUCAUGGACAUCGGUAUCAAAUUACGUGUCAGAAAAGAUUCGUGCAAAAAUACGACUAGCACCAGAUUCAGACGGCUUUCAAGGCUGGUUGAAGCCACCAGUGGAAACCAUUCGCACGUAUCGUUUAUAUAAUAUAACAAAUUAUAUGGAUAUAAUGACCAAUAAAUCCGAUCCAUUAUUAGAAUUUCAAGAAACAAAACCGUUAAGAUAUAAACUUUCUGUUAACAAAAAUAAUGUUGAAUGGUUAGAAAAUAACGAAAAACUUAAAUAUUCACUUGAACGUUUGUUUACACGCGCAGAACAAUUCAGUGAAGAAUUACUUAAUCAAGAAGGUGCUUUUAUUGAUAUUCUUCGUGUGAUGAUUCGAACGAACUUCGGUUUGAAACCUGAUCAAAAUUUCUAUACGCUUACAGGAUUAAAUGCGUUUAAUUAUUCGAAAGCUGUCGACAAAUUAGAAGGUUAUGUGUCACCAAUAUUUGAAAAUGUAGCAGAAAAAAUGAUAGGACCAAACAAAGAUAAAUAUGGUUUUAUCUACCGAUAUAAUGGAAGUAAUGGAUUUAAUUAUACAAUUCUUACGGGCGCCAAGAAUUCAUCAAUAAAAGGCCAAAUGAUUGAUUUUGCAUCCGCAUACUCGAAAUUUACAACUAGUGCUGAUCAAUGGAAUAUAAGCCUUUUUGAUGGUACCACAUAUCCAGUCAUGGGCGAUCCACCUAAUCGAAAAGUAAUUAAUAUUUUUCAACCAGAUUUUUGUCGACCUGUGCAACUUCGAUAUGUACAAACUGUAUCUAAAUUUGGUUUUGAUAGAUUACAUGAAUAUGUUUUGAAAUUCGUCGAUUAUGAAACCUGUCCGGAAAUGGAUGAAAACUGUCCGGAAGCUGAUAGAGUUGAUAUAACAAAAUGUCUUUCUACUGACCUUCCUCCGGGAGUUGUUGUUGUAACAAAACCACAUAUGUAUGGUCAUAAUUCAUCUGCAACUAAUGUUGCAUUUACUCCUGAUGCUGAAAAACAUGAAUCAGCGAUUUAUUUUGAACCCACGACAGGUACACCUAUUCGAGGUCGAACACGUAUUCAAAUGAAUGUGAAUGCUUUAAUUGAUCGUAUUAAAUAUAAUAAACGUGGUGUGAUAGAACCUAUGGGUACUCGUGCUACUCUUCGUUUCAUUCCGAUACUUUGGAUUGAUCAAUCAAUAACGCUUAACGCGGACGUACAAUCUCGUUUGAAAUCUGCUCGUAGAAUUAUUGGUAUUGUUAAUAGUGGUAACCACUACCAUCGAAUGCUUAAACUAGUGCAUAUAAUGGUGUUUAUGUUCUCACUUAUUGGCAUUAUCGUAAUGGUAGAACUAUUCUUUUGGAAUCGAAGACGGAAAAGGUGCGAGAUAACGUUGUAUCAGGACAACGAACCUGAAAAGACACCAUUGAAUAGAAACGUAGCAACACCACCGCCAACAGCUUAA